AUGGAGAAGGCUGGGAUUUUUGAUAUAGGCUUCUCUGGAGCUAGUUUCACCUGGUCUAAUAAUCGGAGAGGUAGAGCCAGGGUUUCAAAGAGGUUGGACAGGUUUCUAAUUAAUGGGUCGUGCUUGGAUAUUUCAGAUGUAAUUUCUGUGAUUCACUUGGCAAGACAUCCUUCAGAUCAUGCACCGUUGAAGAUUUCUUUUGCGGCUCAAUCAGACAAUAAGCCGUGGCCUUUCCGUUUCUUGAAUAUAUGGACUACCAAACCCGAACUCUUGGAGGUUAUUCGACAAGCUUGGAAUCAAGAUAUGGUUGGUUCUCCGUUGUGUGUAUUGUGCUCCAAAUUAUUGGCAACGAGGAGGGCUAUUCAAGUAUGGAAUAAACAACACUUUGGAAAUAUAUUUGAUGUUGUGCGAUCUACGGAAAUGGCAGUCCAACGGGUAGAACAAGUUGUGGAUCAAAAUGUCUCCGAGGAAUUUCAUGUUCAGCUUAGCAAGGCUCAGGCGGAAUUAUGGCAUGCACUACCAAUUGAAGAACAAUUCUGGAGUCAAAAGGCCAGAAUAAAAUGGCUUGCAAAGAGAGAUCGUAAUUCAAGGUAUUUUCAUACGGUUGUUAAGCAGAGACGAGCUCAAGGAAGGAUACACCGUAUCAAAAAUUCCAAUGGUAUUUGGGUGGAGACGAAUGCUGAAAUAGUAUAUGAAGCAAUAACAUACUUCUCAGAUAUUUUCACAACGGGCACUUUAUAG